AUGCUGAUACCAAAUGCAUCGGGAAAGAUCUUUGUCGGAUUGUUCUUGGUGAAGGAGGAGCAUCGCUCUGAUAUCCCGGCCGAUAUGCCACUCGAUCACAACACACUGGACAAGGUACAUCCCAUUGGAGUGCUGGCGCAGAUCUCCUCCACGGUGUUUGGCUAUCACUACUUUGAAGUGAAGCAGCGCAUUCGCAUCGUCGACACGGCCGAGUCGCUGCUGGCCGAGGGCGCCGCACGCCGGGUCAGGUACUUCUUCAAGAUCGAGGAGUUCCAUCCCAGUCCAACGACAGCCGCCGCCACCACCUCAGGGUCAGGUGCAGCAGGUGCAGUAGCAGGUUCAAACGCCGGCACCGUGGUCGAGGGUGAUGCGCUCACCGCUCAGAUCGAGGCCAAGAUGCAACAGAUUGGCACAACAGUGAAGAAGUUCAACUCAUUAUAUCCAGAGAGCUACAAGAGUAAUCUUUCAAUUGAUUAUGACAAACAUAUUGCACCGGUCAAGGAUGCCGAAGUGUUCAUCUCAUCGAUCGUCAACUACUUUGGACUCAACUAUCCCAAGAGAUGUCAAGAGAUACUCGAGACUCCAUCCAUUCUCCAACGUCUAGACCUAGUCCACAACAUGCUCAAGAGUGAAGAGAACCUAUUACAGAUACAACAAGGUAUCUAUUCAGAUAUUGAGAGUGCCAAGGUUGUGUCUCAGAAGAAGUUGUUCUUGAAUGAGCAAUUGAAGUCGAUCAAGAAACAACUUGGAGUCGAGUUUGAUGAGAAGGAGUUGGUCGUCCAGAAGUACACAAAGAGGCUAGCCAAGCUCACUUUAAACGACACGACAAAGAAGAUCAUCGAGGAUGAGAUAAGCAAGCUAUCAACUAUCGAUCCAUCAUCAAUGGAGUAUAACUCAUCGAGGAAUUACUUGGACUGGUUGACUAAUCUCCCUUGGGGAGUGUACUCACCAGAGUUCUUUGAUUUGAAGUACUCAAGGGAGACUUUGGAUCAGGAUCAUUAUGGUUUGACAGAUAUCAAGCAACGUAUAUUGGAGUUCAUCUCGGUUGGACAUCUAAAGGGCACGGUACAGGGCAAGAUCAUAUGUUUUGUCGGUCCACCAGGCACUGGAAAGACCUCCAUUGGCAAGUCCAUUGCAAGAUGUCUGAAACGACAAUUCUACAGAUUCUCUGUCGGUGGUCUAUUCGAUGAGAGUGAGAUCAAAGGACAUCGUAGGACCUACAUCGGAUCAAUGCCUGGCAAACUAAUCCAAUGCAUGAAGACCGUUCAAACAUCAAACCCAGUCAUUGUCAUCGAUGAGAUUGACAAGAUUGGAAAGAGAAAUGGUGAUCCAUCAUCAGCAUUGUUGGAGGUGUUGGAUCCUGAGCAGAAUCAUUCAUUCAUGGAUCACUACUUGGAUGUACCUUAUGAUUUGUCUAGAGUGUUGUUCAUUUGCACAGCCAACACAGAUCAGACUAUUCCUGGUCCACUGUUUGAUCGUAUGGAGGUGAUCUAUCUCUCUGGCUACGUAGAGGAAGAGCAGAUACAAAUUGUCAAGAACUACGUUAUUCCCAAGACAUUGGAGGACUGUGGCAUCAGGAAGGAGCAGUUGACAAUCACCGAGGACGUGAUCAAACAGUUGGUCAAGUUCUACAGUCGAGAGGUUGGUAUCAGAGAGCUGGAGCGUCUGGUCGAGAAGAUUGCGAGAAAGUCUGCACUGGAGCUGGUCAACGGCUCGCCAAACAUUGUCAUUGAUGAGAAGAACCUCGUGGACUACCUAGGCAUACCAACAUACGCCUCGGAUAGGUACUACGAGGUCACGCCAAUCGGUGUGGUCAAUGGCCUGGCGUGGUCGGCCAGAGGAGGAUCGACAUUGUACAUUGAAACUAUAGCAGAGAAGAACAGCGGUGGUGCACCUCGUCUGAGGACCACAGGCAAGCUCGGUGAUGUCAUGACCGAGAGCACCAACAUUGCCUACACAUAUGCCAAGAACUUCCUCUACCAAAUCGACCCAACCAACGAGUUCUUUGAGAAGAACUCAUUACAUAUGCAUGCACCUCAAGGAGGCAUACCAAAGGAUGGUCCAUCGGCUGGUGUCACGAUGGUCACUUCUUUGUUGUCAUUGGCAAUGAACACACCGGUUGUGAACAAUCUGGGCAUGACUGGUGAGAUCACAAUCACUGGCAAGGUGUACACUAUUGGUGGUGUAAAGGAGAAGACCAUCGCAGCCAAGCGAUCAGGCCUCAAAGGUAUCAUCAUACCACUCAACAACAAGAUCGACUUUGAAGAGUUGCCAGACUACAUCAAACAGGGCAUCGACAUCAAGUAUGCAUCAGAGUAUCGCGAUGUCUUUGAGAUUGCAUUCCCAGACAAGGCUCAUAUGUUGCAACCAAAAGGACAGGACAGCACAACCAAUCAAUCACAACGGCAGUCGGAGCAGCAACAGUCAACGACGAAGGAAACAGACAACUAA